UCCUUAUAUGCUUUUCACUUAAAUAUAUCUGGUAAGAGUAAGCUUUGGUGUAAGUCGCCAUUUUAAGAUGAAAAACAUUUAUUAUAAUAUGGUCCGUUGUAAAACGGCCUUGGUAUAAUAUUACUUCUAGUACCCUAUUAUUAAUUUUAUUAUUACAAUCUCUUUUUUCAUAGGAGGUCGCUAUUUUUCCACUAUAACGUAAUUGUAUUAUUAUUAUUACUGAAUGCGGAAAGAAUAGUGGAAAAACCCGUUUAAAUACCACGACACACAGUUGUUCCUCAGUGUUUGUAAAACGUUGAUUCGUCUUCACUGCUCGUGGACGAUUAUCUUGGUUGCAAGUGCCAUUGAAAGUUAAGUGCUUUGAAGUAUAUGGCCUACUUUUAGUGUUUAUAUAUAGCCUACACCAUACACCGUGAAAAAUGAAAAGCUGCAUUACCCUGUUUAUGGCUUUGUUCGCUGCAAAUAUGUUUUGGAAAGGAGACUCGCACAGCAUGAAAAGCUCUAAAUUGACCAAGUUGCGGGGGUUUUCUUGGGAAAACUGCGGAAAGCCAGAUGACCCUGCAUUUUUGAAGACUCUGCAUUUGUACCCGGAUCCAAUUCCUUCUCCAGGAUAUUUAUUAGCAAGUGCAUCGGGUUCCUUAUUAACAGAUCUGACCGUACCUCUUUCAGUGAACAUUACAGUGGAAAGAGAAGUUGAUGGUGUGUGGGUAAAAAUACCAUGCAAAGAUGAUCUAGGAAGUUGUCAUUAUCCUAAUAUCUGUAAGCUGCUCGAUCAACUCUUUCCUCCAAGACAGUGCCCUGACCCUUUGCAAAAAUAUUGCCUGCCUUGCCAUUGUCCCUUCAAAAAAGAUGACUACGAUUUGCCAUCGUCGGCUAUGUACAUACCAAAUUUUGAACUGCCUGACAGGAUGACCAAUUACAGAGUACAAGGCAUUUUAAGAAGCUCUGGAAAAGAACUGGGAUGCCUUAAAGUCAGUCUCUCAAUAGCGUCCAUGCUAUACAAUCAACACUGAAGCAAAGCUAAAGUGGUUGCUCUUUGAUAGUAAGGUGCUCUUUUCCUGGCUUUUGGAAGAGAAAGAAAAACAUUUGAGAAAAUGUUGCUUCAUUAAAAAAAAGGAAGAAGUUGAUUAAUCUACGGGAAUUUAUUACGGGGUUUUUAUUUCACAAUUAAUUAUCAGUCGUUGUGUGCAUAUUUCCUUUAAAGAGAUUAUUCACACAAAAAGGAGAAUUCUCAUCAUUUUCUCACAAGAAUUUCUUUCUUCUGCUGAACACAGAUUAAGGUUUUAAGAAGAAUAUCUCAGCUCUGUAUGUCCUCAAAAUGCAAGUGAAUGGGUACCAAGAUUUUGAAGCUACAAAAAGCACAUAAAGGCAGGAUUAAAGUAAUCCAUAACUCCAGUGGUUAAAUUCAUGUUUUCAGAAGCGAAAUGAGAGGAGUGGGUGAGGAACAGGUCAAUAUUUAAGUCCUUUUUACUAUAAUUUCUCCUCCCUGGUGAUAUGCAUGAAGAAUGUGAAUUAAAAUAACAAAAGAAGAACAAUGUAAAAGUGGAGAUUUAUAGUAAACGUGUAUAUAUAUAUAUAUUGAUCUGUUUCUCACCUACACCUAUCAUAUCGCUUCUGAAGAUAUGGAUUUGACCACUGGAAUCAUAUGGAUUCCUUUUUUUGUUUGUUAUUUCCUUUAUGUCCUUUAUCCAAACGCUUUUAUCCAAAGCGACUUACAGUACACAUAUUACUUAGGAUAAUCCCCCCGGAGCAAUCUGGAGUUAAGUGCUUUGCUCAAGGACACAAUGGUGGUGGCUGUGGGGAUCGAACCAGCAACCUUCUGAUUAACAGUUAUGUGCUUUAGCCCACUACGCCAACACCACACCACACCGCAUAAGUAUCUACAGAGUUGAAAUAUUCUCCUAACAAUCUUUGUUUGUGUUCAGCAGAAUAAAGUAAGUCAUACACAUCUGGGAUGGCAUAUAAUGGCAGUAAAUAAUGAGGGAAUUUAAAUUUUUAACAAAGAAGCUAUUUACUGAAUUUGCUGUCAUGGUGAUUUAUACAUUAUAUCCUUGAUUAAUAAAAGUAUUUAUUUGCCUAAAA